AUGGUGGAGGUAUUUCGAACAAUGUGUGUAUGUUUACAAGAGAACCAAAUGACUACGAGCAAUUGUAUACACUGGAUGUAGUUGGAAUUGAAGGUAGAGGGGAGAACGACCAACUGGACGUUUAUCAUGAAUUUAAAGAAAACAUUACUCGGGCUGAUGACGGUAGAUAUCAAGUCAAAGUACCAUCGAUUCCAGGACAGUCUUUACCAAAUAGCAAUCUAGAACCAAGUGGAAAGCGAUUAGCUAACGUAUGCAAAAGGAUCGAGCGAGAUGAGAAGUUAAACAACAAUUAUGAUGAAGCAAUCGAGAAGCAAUUAGAAUCGGGUAUCAUUGAAGGUGUACCAGUGAAACAGAAUGGUGAACGAGUAUAUCAUAUACCCCACAAACAUGUCGUCAGAGAGGAGGCGAAUAAAGCCAAAGAUAGCGCAGAGAUUCCCGAGAAUUUUAGAAAUUUUGGACUGGUCGGUAAUAGUUCGGAAAAUCCGUGGGUUUUGAACGAUGGAAAAGAAAGAGAAGACAUGAAUGAGGAAACUGAGGAACAUGAAAAUACACCAGAACGGUUGAGAAAACUGAAGUCAGUAACUGCGGAAGAAACAAAGGAAGGACAAGGUGAUGAAGACGAAAAUGCUUCCGAUAAUUCUGACCAAGAUGAAACAUUUGAAUUGAUGAAUGAUGUUGAGAGGAAAAGAGAAGAAAACGAAGUAGAGAACCUUCAGGAAAAUGGCAUAAAAACGAAAGGGAAAAUGAAAAGUAAUGUUGUUUCACAGGGAAACACUAAAGAAACUAGUAGUGUUGAAAAGACAAGUGAACGUAAGAAAAAGAAAAGAAAAAUUACAGACGAAAGUAGAAUGAAAGAAAAAUUGGAGAAAAACAAGAAAGCAAAGUUGGUGAAGAGUGGGACUGACGAGGACAAUAUGCAAACCGGAGAUUUGGACGAAAAGAACCGAGGACGGUGGAUGAAAGGCAAAGUUGUGAAGUACGUGAAAGGAAAGGACAGUGUAAUUAGAGGAGUUAUUGUAUUACAUAAAGGUAACUAUUUGGAACGACCUGUUCGGCUAGUAUGUCCUUUGGAGAUAAGGAGCGUGGUUAAGGAAGAUCAAGGAAGACACAACGAAAGUACUGAAGAUAAUGAUGAUAAAUUAAAGAAAAGACCAGAACGGAAAGCAGCAAAGAUCGCGAAAGUUAACAUCAGAGAACAGUUGAAGGACGAUUAAAGGGAAGUAAAUAUUACUGUGUAGACCGUUGUUGUUAAAAAUUUAUAAUUGGUUUAAAUUUGUUAGGGGAGUGUGUGAUGAACUCUGAACAGUAAUAGCUAUAUUUAGAGACACGCGCAACAUUACCAUAUAUGGUAUAAUGACUUUGUUAUUGUGAGACGGUGAGAGACAAUAGACAAGGUUAAGAGACAAUUGACAGGGUUUGAGACAAGUGAAUUCAUAUAUUUCGUAUUGUUUUUUGUGUAUAAUAAAUAUUUAGAG